AUGAGAUUGCUUACUCUAUCCCUUCUUUCUAUUCUUUUGUUGGCGGUGAUUGUUGAUGCCAGGUGAGUUUGAAGGGAACUUUCUGAAAGUGAACAACGGUUACAGUUCGAGAGGAGGAUCAAAGAAGAAGCCGUGCAAACAUAGGAGGAAAGUACCUUCAGCGAUUGAUGGAAGCGAUGAGCAAGAUGAGGUGAGCAGGCUCAAAAUGUACGAAGCAAGUGAAUAGGUUCAGAAUGGAUCCGGGCAAGAUCAACCGUACAAUGAUGUGGAAAGAGAUGAUCUCGUGAAAGGAAGAAACAAAGGAAAAGAUAAAGAGUCAGGAAGCCAUGGAAGCUCGAGUAUACUGAAUGAUGAAGAAGAUGGCGAAGAUCUAGCGGAAGGUGAGUUUUCAGGAAUUUACGGAAGUCAGUAAAAAUUCUAGGCGGGUCUGGCAAUGGCAAGAAGAACGAAAAAAACGAAGAUUCAGAUGACGAUGAUGACGAAAGCAAACAAAAAAAGAAGGAAAAGGCGAGAGAGCAGAGAAAGGAAUCUCAGAACGACGAGGAAAGUGAAGAGAAUGGAAACCGAUCUUCAAAUCGUGGAGACCAACACGAGGGAAGUGACUCAAACUCAUCGAAGGGGGCAAGACGAGGAACUUCUGAUGUUCAAAAGAAACGACGUGGCAACAGAUACGGCGAUGACCAGGGGAACUCGUCGAAGUCUCGUGGAAGAGACGACGACCCGUUGGAUAGAGAGGGCGAAGACGAUGAGGAUGAUGAUGAUGAUGACGAAAGCAAACGAAGAAAGAAGGAAAAUGCGAGAGAGCAGAGAAAGGAAUCUCAGAAGAACGAGGAAAGUGAAGAAAAUGGGAACAUCUCUGGAAACCGAUCUUCAAAUCGUGCAGCCCAACGGAAUCGAAGUGGAUCGAACUCAUCGAAGGAGUCGAGAAGCGGAACUUCGGAGGUCGAGAAGAAACGACAUGACAACAGAUACGGCGAUGACCAGGGGAACUCAUCGAAGUCUCGUGGAAGGGAUGACAACCCGUUGGAUAGAGAGGGCGUAGACGAUGAGAAUGAUGAUGAGGGCAAAACGAGAAGAAGCUCUCAAAGCAGCCAACAAUCCGAAAGCUCUUCGAGUUCAUCCUCCUCAUCCUCCUCAAUUCGGAAGACACACAGCUCAAGGAGAAAGGAAAGUGGAUCGAGUGGACAGGACGGAGUCGACGGUCAGAAUGGUGCAAAUGGAGCGAUCGGAAGGAAUGGGCAGAAUGGAGCUGACGAAGCCGAUGAAUCGGACGGAAGUGAUGGUGGAAACGGAGAUGGAUCCGGCCGUGCCGGAACAGGAGUGUCUGCAGUGGAGAAGUCGUCUAGCGAUUCAGAAUCAGCAAGCAGUAGUAAGAACCAUUAAUUGCCAAUAAGUUUACUUUAUUUUGAAGAUCAAUCUUCAAAUUCAUCCGGCAGCAGAAGGAGACCUUCAAGACCAUCUCGGUACGAAGAUAACUGUGAGUGAUUACAGAGACUUAUGAUUAGGUCACGACUUCAUUUUAGCCAAUGAAAACAAGCAAUCUGAUGAGCAAAAGGAGUUGGGUACUAAGUCUUCUACUCGAAAAUCAAGCAGCAAUGGCGAUGGUGAAAGAGCGUGAAGCUUGAGGUUUUAUGUAUUGAGUUUUGCAGAUAGUGAAGAAGCGUCACUUCUGACCUCCAAAAAGUCACGCGCCCAAAAUGAUGAUGCCGAUGAUAAUCGUUCACCGCCGCCUCUCAAGUUCAACAGAAAACCAAACACUGAAGAUUCCGAAGAAGAAGAAAUUGAGAAGAAGAUCCGAACGAGGGAGAAUCAGUCGACCGGACGACUGCCUCAAAUGUUGAACGACGAGGAGGAAGACGAGGAUUCGGACGGGGAAAAGAAGUCGAACGUGCGCUCCAGGGAAGAAGACAAGUACUUGAACCAAAGGAAGUCAACAGAUCGCUUUGGAAACCGUUCUGACGAAGAGGAAGACGAAGAAGAUCAUGAAAAGUCGAGAGCUUCUGAUAGUCGCCGGCGAAAUGGGAACAGAAGACGUGGCCAGCGAUUGGAAAAUUCCAGCGAAGAUGGCGACGAGGAGAAGAGGAGAAGCUCUUCAAGACAAGGAAGAUACAAUGUUGACAAAUAUUCUGACGAUGAAGGCGAUGAAAGGAGAAGGAACGGUGGACGAAGAUCCGAUGACGACUACGAUGAGAACAGGGACAACAGGAGAGCCUCUUCCAGAAGAAACAAUAGAAGACGUGGAAACGAAGGAGAGGAAGAUGAUGGAGACGACGAAAGGAAGUCAUCGGUGAAGUUUCGACGAGAUGAAAGCGGCAGAAUGACGAAGACGGAGAGAAGACAGAGCAGCACUCAUGACGAGGACUUCGACCAGCGGGGACAUAAAAAGAAGAAGCAUGUAAGCAUAACACGCUUCGUUCCGUUCCAACAGUACCCCGAUUGCAGCGUGUCAGUGACAACGGAUCGGAGGAGGAAGAGUACUCUUCCUCGUUCUCGAAGUCUUCCAAAAAGGCCUCUUCCUCAUCGUCGUCGUCCAAAAAGACAUCGUGGAAAAACUACGGACGUGACGAGAACGAGGACGAUUUCUGA